GCUCCCUUCAGUCAUCUUGUACUCUCUCUCUCUCUCUAUAAAAGCAAUCCCACCACCACCCAAACUGAUCCUCCCUCCUCAGUACAGCCUUUUUCAGUUUUCACCAUGGCAGACCCCUACUCAAAUUUCUUCACAGGUCUCUUCAAAUUCAACCCUAUCCACCAUUACCCACCUCCUUCAAACCCUCCACCUUAUGCUCACAACUUCUUCAUCAACUACCAGACCCCUCCCCCAUCCCCUCCUCUCAAGGAAGCUCUCCCUCUCCUAAGCCUGAGCCCCACAAGACAAGAACAGCAGCAACAAGAAGAGUACUACUGGACUAGUAGUAGUACCGCCAUGGAUAUCGACAAGAUCAACAAGCAAACAGAAGAUGACGACGACGACGCUGCUGAUGCCGUCACUGUUGCACUCCACAUAGGGUUACCAAGCCCUAGUGCCGCCGAGAUGGCUUCUGUUCUCUCUGCUUCUUCUUCCUCAGAGAUCGCUGAUAAUAAAGAUCAUGGAGAUCAUGGUGGUGGUGGUGAUGAUUCUUCUGGGGGCUACUCCAACAGGCUCAACAAGGCCGGCCAGUACUGGAUCCCCACCCCUUCUCAGAUUCUCAUUGGCCCCACACAGUUCUCUUGCCCUGUUUGUUACAAGACCUUCAACAGAUAUAACAACAUGCAGAUGCAUAUGUGGGGGCAUGGCUCUCAGUACAGAAAAGGGCCUGAAUCUCUGAGGGGCACUCAGCCAACUGGGAUGCUUAGGCUGCCAUGUUAUUGCUGUGCGGCGGGGUGCAGGAACAACAUAGAUCACCCGAGAGCGAAGCCGCUGAAAGAUUUCAGAACUCUUCAGACGCAUUACAAGAGGAAGCAUGGAAUUAAACCUUUCAUGUGCAGAAAAUGUGGCAAGGCUUUCGCCGUGAGGGGGGAUUGGAGAACCCAUGAGAAGAACUGUGGUAAGCUUUGGUAUUGCAUUUGUGGGUCUGAUUUCAAGCACAAGAGAUCUCUCAAAGACCAUAUAAAGGCCUUUGGAAGCGGCCAUGCAGCAUAUGGCAUCGAUGCUUUUGAAGAGGAAGAUGAGCCGGCAUCCGAAGUAGAGCAAGAUAAUGAGUCAAUGCAGUGAUAUAAAAGAAAAAUUGGUUUGAGCAAUAUUUUGGCGUCACUUUUGCGAGGGACAGGAAAACGAUCUUUUAUUUUGUGUAAAACCAUGAGCAUCACAAAGUGAAGUUACUGACCCCUGACAGUUGGUCCUUCGUUUACUGUUAGAAAUAUGUAUCAGAUGAUCAGAACAGUGAACUAGAACUAAAGCAUUUAUUGACCAUCAAUAUCCUACCCUUUGUUAAGGAGACCGUUCCCCACCGGAAUUGACCCUUUGGGCCACUCCUCUUUCCCACUAUACAUCCCCCCCCAUCUCUCUCUCCCUCUCUCAUCCUUUAAUUUUUUUGUACUGUAAAACAAAGACCUUGGUCUGUCUGAAAUCUCACCAAUAUAUUAAUAUAUAUACCACCAGUAUGCCAUACUAUAUGAUUAUGUAUAACACGGUCCAUGUAUGAGGGAAACAUUUAUUUACAUGAGUACUUAUUUAUAUACCACGUUGGGCAUUUGCUUCCCACUUACAUUA